CCGGGGCGCAACCCUACCUGCAUCGGCGCUACGCUCACACGGCUGGGGCCCACCCCACCGGCCCUUUCCGUCUUCCCAUGUGCCCUGUACUCCCCUCUCUCUCUUCUCUCUCUCUCUUCACUUAAAAUCUCACCACCCAAAACUUCUACUUCUGUUCCUCUCUCUUCUCUCCUCUCCCUCCUCUCUCUCUCUCUAACGCAAUGCCGUCUCCCACCGCCUCCACCGUGCGGCGGCGGCGACGCGAGCGCAGCGGGGGCGGCGGACUCUGGUGCGCGCCCGUGCUCCUGGCCCUGGUUCUCGCCGUAGACGCGGCGGCGGAGACUUCGGCGUCCGACGCGGCGGCGAUGCGGGCGGUGGCGAAGGCGCUGGGCGCGGACAAGGCGCUAGGCUGGGACAUCGCCGGCGACCCCUGCUCGCCGAAGCCGUGGGACAGGGUGUCCUGCAACUCGGCGGGCCGCGUCACCGCGAUUCAGGUCGGGGGAUACAAACUGACGGGGACCCUGGCGCCGGAGGUGCGCAACCUCACCGCGCUCAUCCGCCUCGAGGUCCACUCCAACUCGCUCACCGGCCCGCUGCCCUCACUCGCGGGGCUUUCCGAGCUCCAGGUUCUCCUGGCCCACAACAACAGCUUCACCUCCAUCCCGGCGGACUUCUUCAGCGGGCUCACCGCGAUCGCUGGCGUCGACAUCGACGACAACCCGCUCGCGCCGUGGACGCUCCCCGCCGACCUUGCUUACUGCUCCUCCCUCAACAACUUCUCCGCAAACAACGCCAACGUCUCCGGCACGCUCCCGGACUUCUUCAGCAGCGCGAUGCCGUCGCUUCAGCGGCUGCAUCUGGCCUACAACCUGCUGUCCGGGCCCGUGCCGGCGUCUCUGGCCGGCGCAUCGCUGCUGUCGCUCUGGCUCAAUAACCAAGCCAGGGACAGCCCGUUCAAUGGAUCGAUUAGCUUUAUCACCAACAUGACGUCUCUGGAGGAGCUGUGGCUGCAAUCUAACGCCUUCACCGGGCCCUUACCGGACUUUGCGGGGUUUGUUAAUCUUCAGGAUUUGCAGCUUCGCGACAACCAGUUCACCGGGCCGGUGCCGGACAGUCUUGUCAAGUUGAAGACUUUGAAGAAGGUGACCCUGACAAAUAAUUUGCUGCAGGGGCCGAUGCCCAAGUUUGCUGAUAGUGAUGGGGUGACGGUGGACAUGAUGGCAGAAGGAGAGCGGUUAUGCUUGCCGAAUGCUGGAGAGCCGUGUGAUCCCCGUGUCAGCCUGCUGCUCGAGGUGGCUGCUGGGUUCAUGUACCCGGUGAAGCUUGCAGACAAUUGGAAGGGGAAUGAUCCGUGUAUUAAUAAUUUCCUUGGUGUUUCAUGCGACACAAAGGGUAACAUUAUAACGCUGAAUUUUAAAAUGAUGGGCCUCAGCGGGAGCAUCUCACCGGCCAUUGGGAAGAUUGUGUCGCUGCAGAAGCUGAUUCUUGCUAAUAACAACAUUACUGGAACGGUGCCGAAGGAGGUUGCCGUGUUGCCUGCACUGAGCGAGGUUGAUCUAUCAAAUAACAAUCUUUAUGGGAAAGUACCUACCUUUGCUGCCAAGAAUGUUCUGGUGAAAACUGAUGGCAACCCAAACAUUGGCAAGGAUGCUCCUGCUCCAACAGCAGGAUCAGGUGGUACCAGCAGCAACAUUCCAUCUGGUGAAAGAGGCAGUGGAAACAAUGGGGGAUCCUCUUCAUCUUCUGUUGGGGUCAUUGCAGGCUCAGUGGUUGGUGUGGUUGCUGGACUAGGCGUUGUUGCUGCAUUAGGAUUCUAUUGCUACAAGAGAAAGCACAAGCCUUUCGGAAGGGUGCAGAGUCCGCAUGCAAUGGUCAUCCAUCCCCGGCACUCAGGGUCAGAUGACAUGAUUAAAAUCACAGUUGCAGGGGGGAAUACUAAUGGUGGUGCUCAUGCAAGCGAGACAUAUAGCCAAGCGAGCAGUGGUCCACGGGACAUUCACGUUGUUGAAAGUGGAAAUAUGGUCAUUUCAAUCCAAGUUCUCCGCAAUGUGACCAACAACUUCAGUGCGGACAACAUCCUUGGUCGAGGCGGGUUUGGCACCGUUUACAAGGGUGAGCUUCAUGACGGCACAAAGAUUGCCGUGAAGCGAAUGGAGGCUGGUGUGAUGGGUAACAAGGGACUAAAUGAGUUCAAAUCAGAAAUUGCUGUGCUGACCAAGGUCCGUCACCGGAACCUUGUGUCACUGCUUGGCUAUUGCCUUGAUGGCAAUGAGAGGAUUCUUGUGUAUGAGUACAUGCCACAAGGGACACUGAGUGAACACCUUUUUGAGUGGACACAAAACAAUCUGCGGCCAUUGGAAUGGAAGAAGCGGCUGAUCAUUGCACUUGAUGUUGCAAGGGGUGUCGAGUACCUGCACAGCCUUGCCCAGCAGACCUUCAUUCACAGAGACUUGAAACCAUCAAACAUACUUCUUGGUGACGACAUGAAGGCAAAGGUGGCGGACUUUGGAUUGGUCAGGCUUGCACCAGCCGAUGGGAAGUGUGUCUCAGUGGAGACAAGACUUGCUGGCACGUUUGGGUACCUUGCCCCAGAGUAUGCUGUUACUGGACGAGUAACCACAAAAGCUGAUGUCUUCAGCUUUGGUGUCAUCUUGAUGGAACUGAUCACUGGGCGCAAGGCACUUGAUGAGACUCAGCCUGAGGAUAGCAUGCACUUAGUUACAUGGUUCCGGAGAAUGCAGCUCAACAAGGACACUUUCUGGAAAGCAAUCGACCCAGUUAUUGACCUUGACGAGGAGACAUUUGCUAGUGUGAGCACUGUUGCAGAGCUUGCUGGUCACUGCUGCGCUAGGGAACCACACCAGAGGCCGGACAUGGGCCAUGCUGUCAAUGUGCUCUCGACUCUUUCAGAUGUGUGGAAACCAUCGGAUCCAGACUCCGAUGACAGCUAUGGUAUUGACCUGGACAUGACGCUGCCUCAGGCACUGAAGAAAUGGCAGGCCUUUGAGGAUAGCAGCCAUUUUGAUGGCGCGACCUCUUCAUUCGUUGCGAGCUUGGAUAACACUCAGACAAGCAUCCCCACAAGGCCUUCAGGAUUUGCAGAGUCAUUCACCUCCGCUGAUGGAAGAUAGACAGGUAGCAUGUGCACCUCAAGCUCUGAGAGAGCAGAAGGCUCAAGUGAUCCUUGUUCAUUCUUUUAGUCUCUUCACCCCAGUCUCUUCAUGUUCCCUUUUCUGGCCCUGUAUUGCCUUGUAGCUGCCCUUUGAUAAUGUAUGCUGUGAUCUUGAGUCGAGAAUUACCUGGAAGCUUGCGAAUU